CAGCUCAACUCGGACAUUUUGAACUCGACAACUGGCACCCGACAACAACAAUCACAUAACUAAAGUCCGACUGAUCAACAUUAUCCGAUAACCGACGACGCCUCAACACCAAAAAGCCCCAAUUGCGCCGAUCCUACCUCCGACCGACGACGAAUUGCGCCCAAAUCGGGCAGACACUCGACAAACCGAAAAUCGAGAACAAGAUGCGCCCACUACCGGUCUCGUUAUGGCUUCUCCUGGCGGCGCAGAUCGAGGCCCGCGAGCAGGCGCAAGUUGACCCACAGCAACCCGCACCCACGGCUGUCCGCAAAAUGCCCGCCGACCAAGGCGCCAAGUUCCACCACGAAUACUGCGCCUUCGGAGACCACCAGGCCUUCGCCCCAGCAUCACACAAACCACACGCCGCAAUAGCAGCCCGUGGCGCCCAGGAUGAAGACGAUGCUCGCAGGAUAUGGGCCAAUGCCUCGGCAGAACUACUUCCCCGUCCACCGUUCGCCCUGCUCUCCGACUCGGAGUCUCGAGACGAGAACACACCAGCAGCAGGGGGGCUCUUCCGUCGGGCGGCAUUAGCCCUCGCCUUCCUUGAGAAGCGUCAAUGGCAAUGCCCAGAUGGGACAAACAGCUGCUCCUCGAUCGGGUUCCCCAACAGCUGCUGUGGGGAGGGCGAAAAAUGCAUGGAGGUGCCCGACACGGGACUCGGGCCGGUGGGCUGCUGCCCGGCCGGCGCGACAUGCGGCGGCGGGAUAGCCGAGUGCGCAGACGGCAGCACCCCCUGCGCGAGCGAUAUUGGCGGCGGCUGCUGUAUCCCGGGCUUUGUAUGCCGGGGCGUAGGCUGCAUCCGCUCCUCCUCGAACCCACCACCACCGCCCGCUCCCACCACCCUCACAACAACCCAAACCAGCAUCAUCCCCGGCCCAGACCCCUCCACCACCGUCGUCACAGUAGUAAUCACCAUCACCCCAUCCACCUCGGCGCCCGCCGUAACCUCCACCGUAACCCAAACCUCCACCGCCAGACCCCCAUCCUCGUCCCAAACCACCACUACCACCACCAACAACGGCGCCGGCGCUCCCUUCCGCCCAACCUCCUCCCCAGGCCCCACCAACACCAACACCUACUGCCCAACCGGCUUCUACGCCUGCCUGGCGCGCGCCGGAGGCGGCUGCUGCCAGACGGGCCGCGACUGCGCGACCGCCUCGUGCCCGCCGCCCGCGGGCGGGCUGACCACCGUCGUGAAUGAUCACGUGUGCGAGUGGGUGGUUUCUUUGUGGGCGUGA